AUGUCCUCAGCACUGGUUUUCCAAGCCGAUCCUCCAACCGCCGCCGUGAUUCCCAAGGCAAUUGCAAUCAUAGUCCCCACCGUCACGAUCGCCACGACUGCCUUCAAUGCCAUCAGUUGUCUGCUGGUCAAAGACUGCAGCCAUGGGACUGCUUGGACCUUCGUGGACUAUCCGUUCGGCACGCUGCAUAUGGUCCCGCGUUUUCGAGAUCUCUGA